AUGGACGACUCCGCAUUCGAAGUUGAGACAGACCUCUCAACCCAAAGCAUCCUGCUUGCAGCAGCACACCACGAUAUCCCCGCGCUCCGCAACCUUUUGCGCAACACUUCUGCCAACGUACAAGACGCUGAGACAGGCUUCACCCCGCUACAUGCCGCAAUUGCUGCUUGCGAAUUCGAUGAAGACGAAACGCCUGCGGCUCAAGAAAACGGUGAGAGCAGCGAUACGAAGAGUGGAAGGAAGCAAGACAUAGAAGCUGCGAUCAAGACGAUUAAGCUUCUCUUUGAAAACGGCGCGAUAUGGAAUGACUUGGAUUCGAAUGGCGAGACACCGGGAUGUAUUGCGCAGAGGCUCGGCUUGACUGAGCUGUACGAGCUUUGCGUUGAUGCCGGUGUGCGUGCCGAACUGCUGUUGAGCCGUUUAGAUCAGUAUCAGCUGCUCGGUGGUGACGAUUCAGACGAAGACGAGGACGAAGAGGAAGCAGAGGAAGAAGCUCAAGAAACAGCUGAAGAUGUGGAGAUCAUAGACAUGGACAUUAGCGAGGAAGUGGCGCAGGGCGACGAGUCCACCGAGAACCCCAAUUACCUAGCUUCGAACCUGACCUUCGAUCGAGACAGGCUAACAGACGACGCGGGCAACGGCGUUAUGAUGGAAUGGGAGACAACGCUAAUGCAGCGAUCUGCUGAGCGCCUUGCGCCUGCACCAGGCCUGCGCGUGUUGAACGUGGGGCAUGGCAUGGGAAUUAUAGACGGCAUUCUGCAGGAGAAGCAACCGAAGGCACACCACAUCAUCGAGGCGCACCCAGAUGUUUUGAAGCGCAUGAAAGAGCAAGCGUGGGACAAAAAGCCUGGUGUUGUCAUCCACGAGGGUCGCUGGCAGGACAUUGUGCCUGGCCUUGUUGAGAAGGGCGAAUUGUUCGAUGGCAUCUACUUCGACACAUUCGCCGAGGAGUACAAGGAUCUGCGCGAAUUCUUCACCGAAUACGUGAUUGGCUUGCUAGACCCUUCGGGUGGCCCUGAUGGUGGAGGCGGCAAGUUUGGCUUCUUUAACGGCAUGGGUGCGGAUAGACAGAUAGUCUACGAUGUGUAUGGCAAGAUUGUCGAAAUGGAUCUCUUCGAAGCAGGCUUCGACACGGAGUGGGAGACGAUACAAGUCCCGUAUCUCGACGAGCAGGGCGAAUGGGAGGGUGUACGGAGGAAGUACUGGGUGUUGAAGGAGUAUAGACUACCUACAUGCAGCUUCAUCGGCUGA